AUGCGCCGAGACCCCCGUUUCGCAGCCAACAGUGAUUCAAGCACGAUUGAGUCCUCGUACAGAUGCAUGAAUCAACUCUUGUUUGAACGGGCCACGGGCGGCCUCGGCGCCAACUCUUUCGCAAAGCUCGAGACCACACGGCUGCUGCGAUCCUUCCGACCAGCACCACGAUUUCGAUUUGAUGGUGGCGAGAAGGGUGCAGCUGUUGACAUUGCAGAGGGCAGGUCCAACUCUGCUCUCCCCGACUCCAAGUCGAAUCUAUGGGCCCAUCAGGCUGGUGUGAAUGCCCUCGCGCUAGAACGAUUUGAUGGCAGAAUAUUGCUAUCUGGGGGCUCAGAUGCGACCAUCAGGCUCUGGGACAUCGAGCAAUGCGGCAAUCCAAACAAUUCGCAUGUCUACAAGCCUUCGGCGCAAAUCGCACGUUCCGACGACAAAUCCAAGUCGCAUCGAUUCGGCAUCACACAUCUGUCCUUCUACCCUUUCGACCCGGCCGCGUUCCUAUCGAGCUCCUAUGACCAAACGUUGAAACUGUGGGCGACGGACAGUGUACAGAUAUCAGGUUCUUGGGACCUCGAAUCGAAGCUAUACACACAUGCUAUCUCACCCAUUGCCGAUCAUCUAUUAGUAGCAUGCGGGACAGCUCAUCCAGCAGUCAGGCUUGUCGACCUUCGGUCUGGCGCAGCUGUCCAGUCUCUUGUUGCGCCUGGACAACUAGGUUCUGGAGGAGGUGCCGUCCUCUCCCUCUCGUGGUCCCCGCGCCACGAACAUGUGCUUGCAAGCGGGACUCUGGACGGAGCAGUUCGAAUUUGGGACGUCCGGCGUGCAAGUGGUCUGAUAGGUCUCUUGGAUCAAGAGGAUAACCUGGGCAUCCUACGACGACGCGGAGAUGUCAAUGGCAAUCACAUCUCGGAUCGUGGGGUCCGAUCAUCGGCAAAGGCGCACUCGGGCCCAGUGAACGGGCUGACUUGGACCGACGACGGCGCUUAUAUUGUUUCUGCGGGUCAUGACAGACGGAUUCGCGUGUGGGACUCUGCUACAGGCGCGAACACUCUCGCGUCUUUUGGGCCGAGCAUCAAGAAUGGCCAGCUUGCUAGUACUCCCAUGUUUACAACUCCUGUGGGAUUGACGUCACCGAGGAAAGAACUGCUCUUUUGGCCAAACGAGACAGAAAUUCUGGUUAUGGACUUGCAUGAGGGUACUACUGUUACCCGUCUCCGAGGCGUGGGCGCCAGUAUCUCGGGAGUGAGGGCACGGCGUGGAGGUGAGAGAACAGUGAAGAACCGAGUCACAAGCAUCGUGUGGAGAGGAGCCGGGGGCGUGGGUGGCUCGAGUGGCAUUGUGCCAGGUGCAUCCAAUGCUCCAGGAGGAGUCUAUAGUGGUCAUACCGAUGGUCAGAUUCGUGCCUGGGUGCCACAGGUCCAGGGAUUGGACGAAGAGGACGAAGAUGACACUUCUGAAGUGGCUCAGCAAGAGAAGACUCAGAAGCGGAAAGCUCUUGACGAUGCCUUCAAAAGUCUUAUGGGCCAGAAGAUCACAUUCAACUAG